ACGCACACACACACACAGGCUCGCGUGGGCUCCACCAUGGAACAGGGCUUCAGCUUCAGCACGCUGAAGAAGAUGGCCGCCGAGCCAGACUACACCGACGUGUCUCUGUCAGCGGUGGAGCGAGUCAGGGCGCUGGGGAAGAUGGGCUGCAGCGUGGAGAUCAACGAGGAAAUCACCCCACGGCGUUACUUCCGGUCUGGGGUGGAGAUGGAGAGGAUGGCUGCGGUUUACCUGGAGGAGGGGAGCCUGGAAAACGCUUACGUGCUCUACAACAAGUUCAUCACUUUGUUCGUAGAGAAACUGCCCAAACAUCGGGAUUACCAGCAGUGCAGUGUCCCAGAGAAGAGGCUCAUCAUGAAGAAACUUCAGGAAGUGGCGUUUCCACGGAAAGAUGAACUGAAGAAAUUGCUUCAUGAGAAAUACAACAGAGAACACACUGAGUACCUCAAAGCUCAGAGCCAGUCGGUGGCGGUGGAUGGAUGUGGCCAGCAGCUGAAGCGCCUCUCUUUGCUGGAGCAGGACAGACAUCGGCUCUCGCUGCUGGAGGAGGAGCGGCAGAGGGUCGCUGCCCUCCGACGGAUGCAGAUCGAGUCGGAGCAGUUUCGCUUCUUCGAGGAUCAGCUACGGCGGCAGGAAAUAGCCAACAGGCGAGGAGAUGAGGCAGAGCAAAAGGCCGAGCACAAAGUGCCUGAGGUGCCAGACGGCUCCUGUUUGUCCCAGCAACCCAUUCCAAACCAUGUCCGCUCCCAGGGAGCGGACUCCAACAAGAACAAGCAACCAAACCCUGUCAACAGAACAGCAGCCACCCUCGCCGGAGUACAGAUCCAGCGUAUAGAGGGUUUGAGGAGAGUGGUGAUUCCCAGAGACCUGACCUACCGCUUCCUCCUGCUGGCCGACUCCAACACAGCCAGGGGGAUAGAGACCUGCGGUGUCCUCUGUGGAAAGCUGACCCAGAACGAGUUCCUGUUGACUCAUGUCGUGGUACCGAAGCAGUCGGCGGGUCCAGACUUCUGUGACAUGGAGAACGUUGAGGAGCUGUUCAGCUUCCAAGACCAGCAGAACCUGCUGACACUGGGCUGGAUACAUACCCAUCCUACUCAGACAGCGUUUCUGUCCAGCGUUGAUCUCCACACACACUGUUCCUACCAGCUCAUGCUGCCAGAGGCCAUCGCUAUAGUCUGUGCGCCAAAACACAACGAUACUGGUGUAUUUAGGUUGACCACGCCUGGCAUGGUGGAGGUGUCUGCAUGCAGGCUGAAGGGGUUCCACCCUCACUCCAAAGAGCCUCCACUGUUCAGUAUCUGUAAGCAUGUCGAGGUGAGGGACUCAAAGAUUAGCGUGCUGGACCUCAGGUGA